AACCCAGCUACAGUUUUAUCAUUACUGUGAAGAGUAGCUUGUGCUGCAGAGCUGACCCACAGCAGAACAUUUGGCACUCUUAUGAGCGAUGGAGGAAAUCUAUGUGACUGAUAAAUAUGACGACUGUGCUGACUUAAGAGCAUCCCAGAAUCAGAGAGGCCCCAGGAGCUCAGAGAGGAGAUUUCAUGGAUCUGUUGUUCUCUGUCUGGGUCUGCUCACUGUUCUCCUGCUGGUUGGACUCAUCAGCCUCGGUGUCCACUACCAUAACUUUGUUCAGCGUUCAGCUGCAGAACUCUCCUCUAUCAAAGCCAACCUAAAGUGUCUUCAGGCCAGUGACACCAAGUCCUCUUCCCUGACUGAAGAGAGAGACCUGCUGAAUGCCAGAAUCACUGAAAUGACUGAAGAGCUGAAAAGACUUCAGAGUUCGCCCAAACAUUUGAAAACCUGUUCUGAAGGAUGGAAGAUGUUUAAUUGCACCAGUUAUCUCUUCUCCACUGAGUCUGAUAGCUGGGAGAAAGCCAGAGAGGACUGCAGAAACAGAGGAGCAGAUCUGGUGGUGAUAGACAGCGAGGAAGAGGAGACGUUUCUCUCCAAGUUCAUCAAUUCCGGUGCUUGGAUUGGUUUGACUGACAGAGAGGAUGAAGGGACCUGGAAAUGGAUAGAUGGAACUCCACUGACUCUGACGUACUGGAAAGAACCUCAGCCUGAUAAUGGUGGUGGAAGCUCAAAGUGGGGUGAAGAGGACUGUGCACAUAUCACCACUGAGGUUUUAGCUCACUGGAAUGAUCGGUCCUGUGAAGCUUCUAUGCAAUGGAUCUGUGAAAAAACAGCCUAACACUGCUGUAUUGGUUAUAAGUUCUACAAUGCAAGCUAUGAUUAUGUAAAGCUUUUCAUAAUAAGUGCUCUUGCAUGUUUGUGUGUGUUUUUGAUCAUGUUAGGGACUACUAUAUGUGUUUAAACACCUCCAAACAAAAGUGCAAGAUGCACCUAUUGAUGAUGAUAAAUAAUAAUAACUCAAGCAGUUUCUUCCUAUCACAAAAGUUGAACUUUUAUACUUUUCUGAAAGGAAAUAUACACCAUUUUCAGAUCAUUUAUCAUAAACAAUGUUUUCUAAAUCAAACCCUGUUUUCCAGGGAAAGAGUGAUUUAUUUUGUAGAAGUAAUCAUUCUGAAACAAUAGGGGCAGGGCCACUCUGAUAUAAUCGCUGGCUCCCCCUAGCUUGUCACAUAGGCAUAAUCUGCUUCUGAUAUUUUGUAUUAGGUAUUAUUCAUUUAAAUCAAUCAUGUAUAUUUUUCAUAAUAGUUAUCAUGAAAGAAGUUAGUUUUGAUAUGGCACUCCAUUUUCAGCCGCCCGAUCUGGCAACCCAUAUGAAAAACUUCUGCUGCAAGGCACAGUUGUGGGUUCUCUGAUCAGCAGUUCACAGCAGAUAUAACAGAUGUCUAAUCCUGUGUGAUAUUUAAAAAAUAAAAGUUUUCCUAAG